GAAUCACUGAUGCUGGUUAAGAAUAGUGAGCGUUGACCAUUUGCUUCUACACAGUAGCUGUUAUUCUGCUGGAUGAUCUGAACACAUCGGUGAGUGAUUCUGUUCGCCGAGCUUGCUGCGGGGAGAGAAUUUGUUGACAUUUUUCACAUUCAGCGCCAUUUGCAGACAGCUGUUGCCAUGACAACUGACGAGGCUGAAAGUCACCAGAAGAAGGCGGCGCAGCAGGAGGAAGCCGGCCAGGAUGCCAGGCUGCCUUCUCCAGAGGAUGAGCAGCUCCAGCUUCAAAACCGCAAUUCAGCUGGCCGGGGCCUCUCACGCCUCUUCUCCUCUUUCAUGAAAAGGCGGUCGCAGUGUGAGGGCGAAGGGGGAGAGAAGGGGGAAAAAGAAGAAGAAGAAGAAGCCAAAGCCCCAAUUGCUGAUCCUGAACCUGAGCUGAAAACAGAGGGAGAGGUCGCCGUGGACCAGCAUUCAGUUAGCAGUGCUGAGGCCCAGGCUCUGCAGAUAGAAAAGAAAGAAGCUGAGGAGGAAAAGGGUGGAAAAGAGGAGCGCAAGAAGGAGAAGGGAGAGGAUGUUGCCUUUGAAAAGGAAGGAGAAAAAGAGGAGAAGAAGAAGGAGGUGGACGAGGAGAAGGAGUCUGGACCUGAUGGAGGCCCUAAGGAAGAAAAGGAGGAGAAGACCUCAGAGGAGGAGGCCAAAGCCCCCAGAGCAUCACGCCGUUCUAAGACCAUGCAGAUCAAAGUUACCCUGCUGGAUGACACUCUGUUCGAGUGUGAGUUGGAUAAACACUGUAAAGGCCAGGACCUCUUUAGUAGGGUGUGCGACCACCUCAACCUCCUGGAGAAAGACUACUAUGGCCUGGCCAUUUGGGAGACGCCCACCAUGAAGACUUGGAUGGACCUGACCAAGGAGAUUCGCAGGCAGGUACAAGGUGCCAACUACAAUUUCACUUUCAAUGUGAAAUUCUAUCCACCAGACCCAGCCCAGCUUUCAGAAGACAUAACAAGGUACUACUUGUGCCUUCAGCUACGGAAGGAUAUCCUGCAGGGCUGUCUUCCUUGUUCCUUUGUCACACUGGCUGUGCUGGGCUCCUAUGCCCUGCAGUCAGAGCUCGGCGAGUACGACCCCGAAUUGCAUGGCAAUGAAUAUGCUAAGGAAAUGAAAAUGGCACGAGGUCAAACCAAGGAGUUGGAGGAUAAAAUGAUGGAGCUGCACCGUACAUAUAGGUCAAUGAGUCCAGCCCAGGCAGAUCUGAUGUUCCUGGAGAAUGCCAAGAAACUCUCCAUGUAUGGAGUGGACCUCCACCAGGCAAAGGAUCUGGAUGGUGUGGACAUCAUGCUGGGUGUUUGCUCCAGUGGCCUGAUGGUUUACAAAGACAAACUGAGAAUCAACCGUUUUCCCUGGCCCAAAGUUCUCAAGGUGUCAUACAAGCGUAGCAGCUUUUUCAUCAAAAUAAGACCAUCUGAGGUGGAACAGUAUGAAAGUGCAAUUGGCUUCAAACUGCCCAAUUACAAGGCAGCCAAGAAAUUGUGGAAAGUGUGUGUAGAACAUCACACUUUCUUCAGGCUGACGUCAACUGAGAUGGCCACCACUCCAAGGAAAUUCCUAGCACUGGGUUCCAAGUUUCGGUACAGUGGUCGGACUCAGGCUCAGACCAAACAGGCAAGCUCUUUGAUCGACAGACCCGCUCCUCUGUUCCAGCGCUCCUCCAGCAAGAGGAACUCACGCAGUCUUGAUGGAGCAAUGGCUUCUACACCUGACACCAAAUCCACUCGUCCGGUCAGUGCCCCUGUUAUGUCACCGGUGUCUCCUGGAGAGGUUACCUCAUCUCCAUUGCUAGCCUCCCUGUUUCGCUCUGACCACCAUGACUGGUCCACACCCAAAGGCCACUGCUAUGCACACAGGAAAACAGAGUUCAAGGGAGAAUGUCACUCAGAGUACAUAAGGAGCCACAGCCCAAAACCAGAGUCCACUCCAGAAAUCAAGACAGUGGCCAGGAGAGAGCGGAGGCACUCCCCCUCUGUGGCCAUUACCAAUGGGGAAAAAGAGAGAAAGAGCCAGCACUCGCUUCAGGACAAAAAAACAUCGAUGGUGCGAGUGAGAAAGAAGAGAGCUAAGAAACUUGAGGGUGAAACUAUUUAUAUAAGACAUAGCAAUUUAAUGUUGGAGGACGUGGACAAGACCCAGACUGAGAUCAUGCGUCACCACACUAGCAUCAGUGAGCUGAAAAGGAGUUUCAUGGAGUCGGUACCAGAGCCUCGACCCAGUGAGUGGGACAAGCGUCUUUCCACCAGCUCACCUUUCCGUGCGAGCAUCAAUGGCCAGGUGCAAACAGUGUCACCUGUACUAAAGACCCAGACAAUCACCAUCUCAGAUGUCACCAACUCUGUAAGAGGAACUGUCACCUACAAGGACAUCCCCUUAGUUCGCACUGAAACCAAGACCAUCACAUAUGAGUCAGCACAGCCAGUGGACAGCCUGGCAGAGAGAGACGCUGGAGUUCUGCUGAGUGCCCAGACCAUCACCUCCGAGACCAUCAGCACCACCACUACCACCCAGAUCACCAAGACGGUGAAAGGAGGAAUCUCAGAGACUCGAAUUGAAAAGAGAAUUGUCAUCACUGGAGACACUGAAAUUGAUCAUGACAAGGCUUUGGCUCAAGCCAUUAAAGAGGCAAAAGAGCAGCACCCAGAUAUGUCUGUUACCAAAGUGGUUGUACACCAGGAAACAGAGAUCACCCCUGAGUAAGACUGACCUAUCCUUUGGAAGCCCUCUCAGAUGCCCAUUUUUUCCUCCUUACUUGUGUCUCAAUCACACCAUUUUACCUCAGCAUCCAAUCAGCGGUCACCAACCUUCCCUGCCUUGAACGUCUGCAAGACUACAUCAGAAGAAAACAAGCUUCAAUGCUCAACAAUGGACUUAAACCAAAAGUGUGGAGUUUGACCAGAAGGAGACACAGUCAUGAGAAAAAUUGACAAAAACUCUCCCACUAUUCCCCACAAUCCCCAUUUAUUCCAUUUACUGCCAAGUCACCACUAAAGUAAUGACUUUCAAAAAAAAGAAAAAAAAAAAUUUAAGUAGCAAACAAAAAAAAAAAAAAAAAAAAAGUUAAGUAUUUAUUGGCCUGCACUCUGUGUGGAGUAUUUACGGGGAAAAAAAUCAAGGGCAUUUUAAUCUUGAGAUUACUGGUACUUUAUUUUUCUACAGUUUUUCUUAUCAUCAGAAUUGGAUAUCAAUAACUUGGAAGUCAAACAUUUUUUAGCAAUGUGCAAUGUAUUCCAAACAGAAUUGAGGGAUUGUGGGUAAUUUUUUCUUGGGAUUGUACAUGUUUGACUCGAUUACAUUUUAAAGCAGUUUUAGUAUCAUUUGUUGUACAGCAAAUAUUUUAUUCUCCCUCUCAAUGUGAAAAAAAGUAUUUUUUCAAUUUAUGUAUAAACAGAUUGAGUUUAUCAGGGGAAGGGUUCACUCCUUUUGUUAUUGAAAGUUCUGUUUUCAUCAUUUGUUGAAAAAUUUUAAAUUUAUCAUUGGUUUAGCUGUUUAGCUGUGUAGUUCUUGUGUCACUAAAACAAGACGUGUGUAAGUGUACUGCUGUACAGAGACAGCAGAGGGCUGAUAUAUUUUCUUUAUUUAUUAUCUCUUCUUUAUUCUUUUUGUGUGUUUUGCAUUUUAGAUAUACUCGGCAAAAUAUGUGACAUCAUGAUUUUUCCUGUUCUGGUCGUUGCGGACACUUUUAGUCAUUUCUACUGAGCAUGACAUUAGAAUAUGUAGUGUUUCUGCAUAUGUGACACAUUUCUACUUUUCUAUGAGAUGGGCAGUGUGUAGUCAUCCAGAGAAAUUAAAUUCAAGAGACAGUAAAUGAAAACUUUGCAGUUCAGAGUUUGUUCUAACGGAUAUCGGAGCAUUUCAAAAGCAAAGAGAUGAGCAAAGGCUGACAAGUUGCCAUAUUAAACACCAAAUGCAAUGGCAAAGUAAUCAGAUGUUUUCUAAUCACCGUAAGCUAUAGUACAUUGAGCUCUGAACAUAGACUGUCUAUAAAUAUGGACAUUGUAUUGGCCUGAUGCUAAUAUCCCGGGGAUAUUGGCAGCAGCAUCUUGCAAGUUUGGAGCCAGAAUCUGCUCAGUAUGGUCCAAAAGUGGAGUCACUUGGAGCAUGGCCACACACAUUAUCUAGUUAAACUCUUAUUAAGGCGUAUAAAGAGUAUACAUGUGACGUCAAUGUAUACCAUCUGUAUAUGCCAGAGAAAAUUGAUUUCCAAUCUCAUUGUCUGUCUUAGUCGGACAAUGAGAACUCCGAUAUUAGUCAAAUCUAGUCACUUACGUUCACGUAAGUUGUCCAGUUAGAGACAGAUUAUGGAAAUAAUUCUUUUUUUUUUAUUUUUAUUGUAGUUGUAGUGUUUGUAGUUAUAUUUGCAAAAAGGUAGUUAAUGACAGUAUGCGACCAUGUAAAUUUCAACGUCAUAUUGAAACUAAGCACCACAUUUUAUAUACCAAGCGUGUGCAGCACAUACAAAUCAUCAACAGUAACAGUUCUUUAUUUAUUCCUAUUGUCACAAUCUUACAGGACUGCUGGCAACUGAUUGUCAUCAUGAGUUCACAUCCUGUUUCUAUAGUGUCAAAUAACAAAACUAAACAAAAGUUCAGAAAAAUUGACACUUGAACAUGCAUCAGCAUUAUAUUAACUACCUAGAAUGAGAGAAUUAAUUAUUAUUAAUUAUAUUAAAAUGAAAAGAAAAAAAAAAAAGAUUUGCUGUGUUUUUUAGGAUUUUAGUUUGGCCCAAGUCCCAUCUACUAACCUGGAGGUGGAGGAACUAUUCGGGGGAGCUGUACUUGCUUUGCCUUCACUUUUGGUUGACUGCUCCGUCGUCUAUCUUUAUACAGUCUAUGGUUCUGAAACAUAUACAUGACACAUAAAGAUAUGAUAGCUACAAAGGAUUAUCAGAUUAAUACAUAGUUUGUUACAAAUUUAACCUUACCUUUAUCUUUAUCAUGAGUCUCAAAGUGCUUUACAGCCACCAUGUUACAUCUAUCAAUUUGUUAACACAAGUGCAAACACAUCAACUGACAAUUUGAAGCCAAGCCAAGCUGUUUGGGUCAGUCACAUGAAACUAUUAAGUGAGUUACACAUGAACAAAAAAAAAAAAAAAAAAGGUAUGGUUUGUUUUAUUCACUCACCACAACAAAGCCUCUAUUUUAAAAAAUCUGGCAGAACAUCAAGUAGUGCUCAAACUGUUCUCUAACUUUUGUUAAUGAAAUUGUGGAUUAUCAGUUUAUCAAUACAGAUUUUUUGCGUUUACCAAUUUAUGGGAAAACAGGUUGUCUAUGUAGCGACAAAAAGUCGCUACAUAGACAACCUGUGGUAAAUUGGUAAAUGCCGAGCAGGCGAUUGAACCUUAAGGUGAUAAUCCACAACUACAGUUAUUAGCACAAUAAAAGCUGAGUACUGCUGGGUGCACUGUCACAUUUGCUUCACAGGGAGUAAAGUAGAGGAAGGAGUGAGGAGAAACGAGAGACAGCAUUAACAUGCCACCCACAUAAAUUCAGCAUGGAUAUGUGACUAUACUUCAGCAAUCUUAAUUAACCAACAUAACCAGAUCAUCGAUGCACUAUCACAAUUAUUAUCCCAAAAGACCAAACAGUCAUUUGUAGACAUGUUACUAAUUAUUGUAUUUUAGCACAAAGUUUGAUAAACCAAGAAACACAAAAUGGAUUUUAAUUGCCAACACAUAAAAAGACCACUACAACAUGUGUUUCUUAUGUUGUUAGGAUACUAUUUUGCCUUGAAGAAUGUCAGUUGAAAAUGAUCCCUAAUAUAUUAAAAUGGUUUAAGUAGUUAGUUUACCUUUGAUUUUCUUGAUUGUAAUUCUAUAAUUUAAUGGUGAAUAAUGUAGCUACACCAUUAUAGUUUUACCACAAUAAUUUCAAAGAUCUGAGUCUAGUUAUGAUUAACCGUAUUAGUCGAUUGUUUUUGUAUUACAUCAAUAUACAAAUCCAAGAGCGCAAAGUUAAGUCCUUUAAGACACACUGCCCAUUCACGUCAGACGCAGAGUAGUGUCAGUACAGCUCUUACAGCUUUUACCUUAUCAAUUUGCAAAUGUGAUGCUUUUAUUUUUAAUAUUCUGUACAGCUGUCCCAACAUAUCCUUUGUUAAUAAGUAAUCUUAUGAUUCUAAGUUCCUUGUUGAUUGUGAACUAUCACUUUCACCAUUUCACAAUUAUUCACAAAAUAAAUUCAAAUUUCGACACUGAA